CCUCGGGCGCACGGUCCCUCAGCUCGACACUUCGCAUCCUCCUCCGUGUCUAUUUGCAGCGGAAGAGAAACGCGAUAACUUUCGACCCGGGAUCGGCUCCACGGUCAAAACUUUGUGCACACCGGGUGGUUCACGCACACACGAUGAAUACGCACGACAGUUUUAUUUCCCCCCAAAAAAAAAGAACCCGUCAUUUGUCUGCGCACCUGUGAUGUGCGGAGAGAUCCCAGUGCGGCCAGUUCGUUAAACAAAACACCAAUUCAACUGUGUACUAAACCGCAAGUGCUUUGAUUUGCACCCGGAAACAAUAUUACUUCCAACUACAGCUUUAUUAUAGCAGUUUUUUAGUUUUUAGUUUUUUAUAUUCUGCGCAACGCAAAAUGGAGAGAGAUGCGGAGAUGGUGUCCAGACGGAGGCAGGACAAUCCCGACCCGGAGCUGCAGGAGGAACCGAGCUUUUUUUUUUUUUUAAAUGUAAUCAUCAUGUAAUAUCGAAGCGUGUGCACGUGCGCAGGCCCUGUGUGCUAUUUGACUAGUGCGUAACUUUAAACGCAGAUGUCUCAGGAGGAGAGAGAAACACAAACAAACAGUGGGACAGGGAUCUCGAAGCAGAACGCCUUAUCGCCACACUUGCUUCUGUCAACGGUGAUAAUUAGCGGGUGUGUAUAUGUUUGAUCUUCCCCGUGCACGUGCCGGGGGCUGCUCCAGCCGCUAAAACAAUAUUUCAACUUAUGUCGCAGCUACGUUGAGGCUGCAAGAGCAAUAACUAUUGAGCGACAGCUGGCGGACCAAUCCGCGCGUGGCCUGGUGGAGCCUGCUGGAUUUCUGGCUCGGCCGGCCAAUGGGAGCGCGGCAGAGGGUGGGAGUUUAACGCAAUAACACAACGAGAGAGAAAAAAAAAGAGAAAAAGUCGACGUCACGCAGAUCCAUUAACUCUUACUGUGCGUUUUCUCUCAAGUUGUCACUGUACGUCCCCUGUGGAGCAAGCAGCAGCCGCUUCACUUCAGAGAGAGAGAGAGAGAGGAGAUACUGUACUGGACUUUUUAAUAAGAGAAUAACUAAUUUAACAUUCUGGUGUCAGUUUUUGUUUGGUCUUGUAUUCUUAAGAGGUGAAUCAAUGAGCCAGCAAUGGAGACCAAAAGAUACCAAAGUUUCUUUGAUGGAAGCGACACAGAGAACAGAUGGUCUCACGUCCCCGGCACCAUGGAGUACUGCUGCAGCACAGAAGAUUUGAGUCUGCCCAGCACUGAUAUCCUGAUGGACAUAGUCAACGUCAGCUGCCCGGCUGGAGGUGCAGCCGCCGACUGCAAGGACAACAACACAAAGAAGCAGGAGCAGCCAAUGCUGCGGCUCAGCCAGAACCAGCCAUUUGUUCUCCCCCAUUUCAACAACUCUCUCCACGGCCAUAAGCAGGAAAUGGACUCCAAGGAGCUUUCCAAGACUGUGGCCGAGUCCAUGGGUCUGUACAUGAACGCUGCCAGGGAGGCCGACUUUGCUUUCAGUCAGCAUGGGGCCAGUACCAGCCCUGGGAAGAUGUACCCAGUGUGUGGACGGCCUCUGGAUGAGACCCAGAGUGGUGCCACCAAGAGCCCCAAGGUAAAGCCGUUUGGUUUUCAGCAGUCCAACGCCACUCCCAGAGAGUGCAGCACUGGGACUCCUGUGAGCUCGGCGUCCAUGCUGGUCUCAUCCCUGUCCUGCAGCCCCCAGACCCCCGGCUCCAUCUCCAGCCCGGGGGGCAGCAACAACAUGGUGUCAUCAACCACCAGUCCUCCUGUGUGCUUCGGAGCAGCGUGUUCAUCCGUCGGCAGUCCUGUCAGCCAGACCUCCUGUGCUGCAACGCUGGCCAACAUCAAGCGUAGGAACUCAGCCACAUGUAGCCCAGUGGAGUCCACCACUGUGGGCUCACCACCACUCACCAGCCCACUUAACGUCAUGAGGUCUCCCAUGUCCAGCCCCCAGAGUAUGAGCAGCGUGAGAUCGCCUCCGUCCUGCAGCACCACGUGUAACAUCCGCUCGUCCGUCUCGAGCCCCACAGGUGGCAGCUGCACCAGCACUGCCAACACCUGCAACACAGCACGGCCUUCCAUCUCCAGUCCAGCCACCGGGAGCACUAUGGCUGUCGGCAGCCCACAGAACCCCUCCUCCGGUGGGUUUUCCAUGUCCAGUCCUGCGGGUGGACUGGGUUUGGUACAGAACGACACCAACAGCCCAGAAGACACACCUCUGACCAGAGACUCAGACUUCAAGAACUUUGAGUUCCCCAAAGUGGAGAUGGCUGACGGGGAGGUGUUCAACGUGGGCCUGGACCAGAUGGGCAUGGUUAAGUACAUUAAGAACGAGCCCGGGACUGACUUCAGGAGCAUGUGCUUAGGCAGCUCUAAAUGUAAUGUGAGUAGCACACCCUUUAUCACACAGAUUAAGAAUGAGCCAAACAAAAACGAGGGAUGUAUGAAUCCACAGCCGUAUGGCGAGCACUCACCGUCUCUUGGACUCUACUCCGCGUCUGAGACCACCUAUUUGUCCCUGAGGAAUAACAUUGAUGAAUACAGUCUUUCUGGUAUCUUAGGACCCCCUGUCGCUAUGAAUGGGAACUAUGAGUCCGAUGUGUUCUCCAACAAUGUCCUGUCUAAAGGGGUUAAGCAGGAGCCUGCUGAUGGCAGCUAUUACCAAGAGAAUAACAGCAUGCCCACAUCGGCCAUUGUUGGAGUUAAUUCCGGUGGACACUCAUUCCACUACCAGAUUGGAGCCCAAGGAACAAUGUCCUUCACGCGGCACGAUGUGAGGGACCAGUCCAACCCUUUGUUGAGCCUAAUUUCGCCCGUAACGGCGUUAAUGGAGUCGUGGAAAUCUCGGCCAGGCAUGUCAGGCCGAGGCGAAGGAUACCCAGGUCCAAACUGCAUCACAGACAACAUGUCAAGUUCGCCGCUGAGGCAGCCGUCCUCCACGGUCAAAGUGUGCCUGGUGUGCGGGGACGAGGCGUCGGGAUGCCACUACGGCGUGGUCACGUGCGGCAGCUGCAAAGUCUUCUUCAAGAGGGCAGUGGAAGGUCAGCACAACUACCUGUGCGCCGGCAGGAACGACUGCAUCAUCGACAAGAUCCGGAGGAAAAACUGUCCGGCGUGCCGCGUACGGAAGUGUCUCCAGGCCGGGAUGAACCUCGGAGCACGAAAGUCCAAAAAGUUGGGGAAGCUGAAGGGAGUCAGCGAGGACCUGCCGGGCUCCAAGGACGGCCAAACGGCCACAGGUGGCGCUGGUGGCGGUUACCUGUCCUCAGAGAAGGAGCUGAACGCCAGCGCUGCCAACGCCCUGGUGCCCCACGGGCCCGGGGGGAUCACGCCUUUUCUGCCGCCCUCCAUCUGCAGCGUGUUGGAGCUCAUCGAGCCCGAGGAGGUGUACUCUGGCUACGACAACACACAGCCUGACACCACCGACCACCUGCUGUCCAGCCUCAACCGCCUGGCCGGGAAGCAGAUGGUGCGCAUGGUGAAGUGGGCCAAAGUACUUCCAGGUUUCCGGGGCCUGCCCAUCGAGGACCAAAUAACCCUGAUCCAGUACUCGUGGAUGUGUCUGUCCUCCUUUUGCCUCAGCUGGCGCUCGUACAAACACACCAAUGGACAGAUGCUCUACUUUGCCCCUGACCUCAUCUUUAACGAGGACCGCAUGCAGCAGUCGGCCAUGUACGACCUGUGCCUGGGCAUGAGGCAGGUGAGCCAGGAGUUCCUGCGGCUGCAGCUCAGCUACGACGAGUUCCUCUCCAUGAAGGUCCUCCUGCUCCUCAGCACAGUUCCAAAGGAGGGUCUGAAGAACCAGGCGGCGUUCGAGGAGAUGAGAGUUAAUUACAUCAAGGAGCUCCGGCGCUCGGUGGGGAAAGCAACCAACAACUCUGGCCAAACCUGGCAGCGCUUCUUCCAGCUCACCAAGCUACUGGACGCCAUGCAUGAUCUGGUGGGGAACCUGUUGGACUUCUGCUUCUACACCUUUCGCGAGUCCCGGGCGCUGAAGGUGGAGUUCCCGGAGAUGCUGGUGGAGAUCAUCAGCGACCAGAUACCAAAGGUGGAAUCGGGCCUCACUCACACAAUCUACUUCCACAAGAAGUGACUCGCUGACAAACCGUCGGGACCGAAGCGACAUUUGAGAACUGGGAGGCGGUGAGAGGAGAGAGAGGCGUGCUCCGAGGGGCCGGCGCUGUCUGGCCUGCGCCCUGUCCCCCGCUACGCCGGCGUCCUCGUCUCUCGGACUGGGAAAGUGAAGUGGCGUGGUGGUGGAAGUGGGAAAAAAGCGGGGAGAUGGAUUUUGACCGUGCACUCAACCACGUGCGGGUCGGAGCUGUGAAUAGUCGUGGAGCCAGCGUGACGAGCUGAACAGCACUUGUGACAAAGCACCCCGAAGCACCACCCGUGUGCCCCCCCCCCCCCCCCCCCCCCCCCGUCCCUGCCCCAAAGACAAUAACAGUAUUUUCUAUGGAGACGAAGCCAUACAUUUCUUAGGAUGCGCUAGAUAUAGUGACCACGUGCACACACACACACACAAACACACACACAUAGAGGGAAAUCGAUACACAUGCUGUCCACAUGCACUAAAAUCAGAUGAACGGACGAAUCUGGAGAAAAAAAGAAAAAAAAACGUUUUUGCAAAUCUUAUCUGUGGCUUAUGCAGUCUUUCACAAAUAAUAGCACUAUUUAAAAAAAAACUAAAAACAUGACAAUACUUUUUUCUCGCUUUGCAGUGGAGCAACAUGCUGCAGGACCACAGGGACAUCACGAGGAGGCACAGGAAUUAAAAAAAAACACUGUACGGCUAAAUGUCUAUUUGAAUAUAAAGUAUUCCAAGGGCUAAACAAGCGUCAUCAUCACAAGCUGAAUAAUCACACUCAACAGAACACGUCCAAGUUGGAAGCUCGAUCGGUGUCGUCACAGCCUUCAUCAACAUCCGCAUACUGAGUUUCUUUUCAAUUACAAAAAUGUAGUAAAACAAUCAAAACUAAUAUGCAAAGGUCCAAAGCUAACUCUGUUCUGAAAUGAAAAACAUGUCUCUCUCUCUCUCUCUCUUUGUAUAAGGAAAAGCGUGCACGUGAGGCUCCCAUGUCAUGAAAUCACUAUUUUUGGCAUUGUGUGGAAUUAAUGCGACGUUGACGAGCAAUUUUCCCGUAGUGCAGAAAUGGCCAGGAGUGCUGCAGGACGGGGGGGAAACAUGGCCGCAUUAAAGGAAAUGAUUUUUCGGUCGAGUCCGCUGUGGUAAUGGAUUUGACUGAGGUGCAUCCAUAGUAAUUGCUGUCAUUUGUGUUAUCUCCAGAGCAGCUGUCCAAAUGUCUGUUUUUACUCGCAAUGAAGCAAAACCAGCCCUUUGUGAAUCAAGACUUAUCUACUCUUCCCAGAAAUAAUAAAAAAGCAUUUUAUAAAAGUGUGUUGCAAAAGGUUUAGUUUUUUGACAAAGCCAGUCAUUUUACAUUAAGGUGCUUCAUUUCUACAAAAAGCCAGACAAAUCAUAACAUGUACAGUAACUUGUAGAGCAGUCCCCCCCCCCCCCACCACCACCACCACUAUACGGAUGGACCCGCAGUUUAAAGACACAUACUAUGUAAAAGUUGAUAUAAUCCAAAAUGGAGCGUUACUCUACGCAGUGCUUACAGCAAACGGCUAAUGUAUCAAAACCAGGCAAACGUGUACAGGUAUUAACUUCUUAUACCCGUUCUCUUCAGCAGAUGUUGUACAGAUGUUUCCAAGUACAUGUUGAUGAAUGCUUGAUGAAGAACUGUCGGUAUAAUCACCCCCCCCCCCCCCCCCCUUUCCACUUUAGUUAGUUUCCUUUCUCUUAGCUUUGGGCCGAGUACUGCUUCUUUAGGUAUGGGGCCCAGUCAUCUGGACCAUUAACUCUUGUCUCGCACCCCACUGGUUUCUGGGUGGUUGUGGAACACUACUAUGAUGCUACUGAAAGCGAUAGAGCCGCUGGGAGGGGGGGGGGGUAUAAAAACAGUGGGUGCGUGUGUUGUUGUUUUUUUCUUUCUGUGCCCUGUGAGUGUGUAUUUACAUGCGAGUAUGGAAAGAGUGUGUGUGUGUGUGUGUGUGUGUGUGUGUGGUUUGUUUUUGUUUGUUGUUUUUCAUGGCAAGCAUGUGCAUAGUUGAUCUGCUCCUUCAGCGUGGGUAUUACGCAGUUAUGUUAUAGGAUUAGCCACAUCCUAUUUCCACAUUUAGAUUUUUGCACAGAGUGGAUACAAUGUGAAAUGAGGCAUUAAUGCAGCUACAGCAGGAAUGAUCUGUGUUGAUAAGCAACUGUGAUGAUCGGGGGGGGGG